GCUGCUGAAAUCAGUCCUUGCAAGGUUAUGCAGAUGAACACACGCGAAUCACAGAGAAUUUGUAAUUUGUGCUUUUCAAACGAAACGCAACCGAUUCUGUUGAUGUUACGUUGAUUGGAAAUUGUCUUGGUUAUUAUAUAUUUUUCUCGAACGUUUCGAAUUCGUUUAUUAAGUGAACAUUGAAGUGUCACAGUAAAUUUUUCAAUUGAAUUUCAGUUUAUGAAAAACGUUUUUUUUUUUAAAUAAAUUUUCGAUUUGAGUGUUGAGUUUGAAUUAGUUUUUUUUUCGCCAACAAGCAAAUUAUACAAUUGAUUUAACAGUGACUUGAAUUCAGUAUAAUUAUACUAUAGACAAAAGCAGCGUGAAUAAAUCACCAGUCAAAACACAAUUGGAAAUUAUUAAAUGGUUUAUCUUAGUACAUAACAUUAUGAAGAACUAUGUAGUUGCUUCUUUGAUCACAUAUUUUCUUGGGGGCAUUGCCCCCAUCAAUGGUGGACCGCUAGACACAGCUCUUAGUUGGGCGAGAGCUGAUCGAAUUCCAAUUGAAGUGAAUCUGCCGUGGUUACCAUUUGAAAACGAAACUCGUUGCUUCGGCGAUGUUGGCUGCUUGAAUAUCACGAGAGAAUGGUAUCACCUAAUCCAUCGUCCAUUCAAUGUGUUCCCAUUGCCGCGAAGUGUCAUCAAUACGCGAUUCGUACUGUACACCGAAAAGAAUCCAACCGAAGGCCAACUGCUCUCAUCAGAUGACAAAAAUUCUAUUAAAAAUUCCAACUUUAAUCCAAAUUGGAUGACCAAAUUCAUCAUACAUGGCUUCAUAGAUACGCCACUAUCAAAUUGGGUAUCUGAUAUGCGAGAUGAACUGAUCAUUUUAGGUAGUUUAAAUGUAAUUGUAGUCGAUUGGGCAGGUGGGUCGUUGCCUUUAUACACACAAGCAACAGCCAACACAAGACUGGUAGGAUUAGAAAUUGCGCAUCUGAUAACGAAAUUACGAGACGAUCAUGGUUUGAAGCCGGAAGAUGUGCAUCUUAUUGGUCACAGUUUAGGCGCUCACACGGCUGGAUACGCUGGGGAACGAAUACCUGGUAUUGGCCGAAUAACAGGUCUUGAUCCUGCUGAACCGUAUUUUCAAGGAAUGGGAUCAUCUGUACGCCUCGAUCCAACUGAUGCUAAAUUUGUCGAUGUCAUACACACUGAUGGUCGUAGUUUCUUCUUGUUGGAAAUCCCCGGGUAUGGUAUGUCUCAGUCUUGUGGUCACAUCGAUUUCUAUCCGAAUAAUGGAAAAGAGCAACCGGGCUGUUCGAUAUCGCAAGAGGGUGGUACGCUGAUACCAUUAACACUCAUUAAAGAUGGUAUCGAGGAAGCGUCUAGGGUGCUCUUAGCAUGUAAUCAUGUCCGAGCAAUUAAAUUGUUUAUUGACAGUAUCAAUGGAAAGUGUCCUUAUGUUGCUCAUCGCUGUCCAUCGUAUCAACAUUUUAUGGCUGGCCGAUGUUUCAAAUGUAGUUCAGGAAACUGUGCAGUUAUGGGUUAUCAUGCCACAUUACCAACAGUUCCAUCAUCAAUUCACACAGUGUCAUCGAUAUCAUCCAAUUCGUCGGAGAACGAAAUAAUUCCGGAGACCAAUGAUAUUUCGCAACCACAGCCUGGCAAAUAUUUCUUAUCGACCGGUCGAGAUUUUCCAUUUUGCCAGCGACACUAUCGUUUCACGAUUGACUUGGCAAAGCCGAAAAUUGCUGAACCUUGGGUGCAGGGCUACUUAACAGCUGCCAUUUUUUCGGAUCGGGGUGCAUUAAGGAAUAUCGAUCUAACACCGAAAGGUACACGCUUGGAACAUGGUACAACCUAUCAGGUUGUUAUAACAAAUCCUCAUGACCUUGGCAAUCGAAUACGGAAAGUCGAAUUAAAUUGGGCACACGAAAUGAACGUACUUGAACCGAGAUCGUUAUGUCUCUUUUGGUGUAACGAUCAUCUAUACGUUAAAUCGCUAAUGGUCGACACCAUGCAGAUGCCGUCAAGAGAAAAGCGUAACUCUGAUUUCUCCAACAAACUUUGUUCGCCGAAACGAGAGUAUGCAGACAUUGCUAACAGAGGUUCUUCAGUGUUCUAUGACAAUUGCAAGAGAUGACCCUUUCAAUUAGCUUAACUUCAUCAGUGUUUCUUCUUGAAAUGACUUUUUUUUCUCUUUGAUUCGGAUUACGGUUUUCUUUCAAAUAAAAUUUCUUCAACUCUCUGGAAGACAUACAACAGUCAAUGUUGUAUACCCGUCCGAUUAUCGACUAUGAUUACAUUUCAUUUCUGGACUUCUGUUAAGUUUUUGAUUCUUUUUAACAUUAACCUUAAGUGCAUUUAUUUAUAGCAUUGUGAUAGACAAAGGAAAUCGAUUUGCUUUAAAUGUGAAUCUUCUAUGCGAGUCGUGAAGCCUAAAUAAAAUCUAAGUUUUUUUUUGUUUUA